GUUUGGACUGCAUCUGUACUGUCUUUGUUAAAAUGGUGGAAGCCCUCACUGGCACUGCCCAUGCUACGAUGACCUUCUGGCCACUAGAGGCCUCUAUCAUUCUCUAUGGUGACAGCCCAAACAAUAGAUCACCGAGCAUAUAAUCAAGAUGGCAGGUCUGUCUUUAUAUUUUGAAGAUGGCCAUGAUGAUUUGGAUGACUUUGGGUUUGAUGAUGACGGAUCAGAGUGCGACGGGAUUCGGAUCACAGCUUUUCUGGAUGCAGGGCAGGACAAUCUCACCCCCCUGGGGAGACUAGAGAAAUAUGCUUUCAGCGAAAAUGUCUUCAACAGGCAGAUCGUGGCACGCGGGUUGCUUGAUGUGCUUCGAGAGUUCAGUGACAAUGAAAAUGACUUUAUCAGUGUCAUGGAGACAGUUGCCCGAAUGUCUGAAGAUGGAGAGCCCACAGUGCGCGCUGAGCUGAUGGAGCAGGUGCCCAACAUCGCAAUGUUCCUACACGAGAGCCAGCCCAACUUCCCAGCAGCCUUCUCCAGAUAUCUGGUGCCCAUCGUGGUUCAUUAUCUCACAGACCCCAAUAACCAGGUGAGGAAGACCAGUCAGGCGGCCCUGCUGGUGCUGUUAGAGCAGGGCCUCAUCUGCAAAGGCGACAUGGAGACCAAAGUGUGUCCUGUUCUACUGGACCUCACCGAGCCCAGCAGCGACGACGACUACAAGAUAGAGGCCGUCGCGAUCAUGUGUAAGCUGGUAACCAUGCUGAGCAAAGAGACAGUGGAGCAGCUGUUGCAGCGUUUCUGUGAGCUGUGCAGCGACGCCAGGCUCUUCCAAGUCCGCAAGGUGUGUGCAGCCAAUUUCGGAGAGUUCUGUUCAAUUGUGGGCCGGGAUGCCACAGAGAAACUACUGAUGUCCAAGUUCUUUGACCUGUGCUCUGAUAGCCUGUGGGGCAUCCGGAAGGCGUGCGCCGACUGCUUCAUGAUCGUCUCCAACUCCACCUCCCCCGAGGUGCGACGCACUAAACUGUCCCCCCUUUUCAGUAGCCUCAUCAGUGACCAGUCUCGCUGGGUGCGCCAGGCUGCCUUCCAGUCUUUGGGACGCUUCAUCUCCACCUUUGCCAACCCCUCCAGCACGGGCCUCUACUUCAAAGAGGACGGCACACUGCUGGAGGUCCCCACGUGUCCCUCUGACAGCAAUUCCACCCUUUGCAUAGAGUCCUCCAAUGGCCCCACAGUGAGACGCUCACACACACCCAUUAACCAAGAUGGCCGCUCCACCCCAUCCCUAGAAUCCAUGUCCAGGGGGGACAGCGACAGCGACUCCACACACACUCCUCCCCAAAACCAACAGGAAGGCCAGGCGUGCAACAACAACAACCUUCCUCCCACAAAUAAUAAAAACAAGAAGACGGAACAAACAGACCAGAAUUUUAACUCUUUCCUCUACUGGAGGCCUCCAUUAGCGGAUAUCAGCCAGGAGCUGGAGAUGCUGAAGGGCCAGGGUCCUCGGACUCGGACAGAGGGAGAAAAUAAGGUGGUGGUAGAGGACAGGAAGAUGUCCAGUCUGGAGCCAGCCACCUGCUCUCAGAUCCAGAAGGUAUUGGACUGCCUCCAGCCCCACAUGGACGACCCUGAUGUACAAGCCCAAGUACAGGUGCUCUCGGCCGCCCUAAAGGCUGCCCAGCUGGAGAGCCAGUCUGAGGAGGAGGGUGUGUCAGAGAGCCAGACACGUGAGGAUGGAGAACCAGAUGAGAAGUCCUCCCAGAACAGAGUGAUCACAGAGGAGACACAGACACCUGAGCCACCAACCCAGCAGGCCAAGGACCCAGCACCCACAGAGGAACAGAAAGAGGCAGAAGCUGACACUGAGAAGGAGCCAGAGCCUCAUGAGUCACCCCACAACUCGCCUGUCCUAGUACGGGAUGACUCGGACCACAGCAGUGUGGAGUCGGAGCUGAUGGAGAGCCUGGAGGGGAAAGAGGACUCUGCUUUCAACCAGGUGUGUGAGGAGAAGGCCAAGUUCCAGAAUGUGAUUCCCCAGCAGCUGCUGGACCAGUAUCUUUCCAUGACGGACCCGGCGCAGGCCCAGACGGUGGACACUGAGAUUGCCAAGCACUGUGCGUUCAGCCUACCAGGCGUGGCCCUCACCUUGGGCCGACAAAACUGGCACUGCCUAAAGGACACGUACGAGACCCUCGCCACCGACGUACAGUGGAAAGUGCGCCGGACGCUGGCGUUCUCCAUCCACGAUCUGGCCCUGAUCUUGGGGGACCAGCUGACGGCGGCCGACCUGGUGCCCAUCUUCAACGGCUUCCUUAAGGACCUGGACGAGGUGCGCAUCGGCGUGCUCAAACACCUCUAUGACUUCCUCAAGCUGCUCCAUGCGGAGAACAGGAGAGAGUACCUGUACCAGCUUCAGGAGUUCAUGGUGACGGACAACAGCCGCAACUGGAGGUUCAGAUACCAGCUGGCCGAGCAGCUGAUCUUGAUCAUGGAGUUGUACAGCCACGAUGAUGUAUAUAACUACCUCAGACAAAUAGCACUGACCCUCUGCUCAGACAAAGUGUCAGAGGUCCGGUGGAUCUCUUACCAGCUGGUGGUGGAGCUCUUACAGAAGAUGUAUGCGUGUGGAGCCCACGAACUGGGCCUGGACUUCAUCAACGAGCUCAUCGUCCGCUUCUGCCACUGUCCAAAAUGGGUGGGCCGCCAGGCCUUUGCCUUCAUUUGCCAGGCCAUCGUGGAGGAGGACUGUAUGCCCAUGGACCAGUUUGCCCAGCACCUCCUCCCCAGUCUCCUCAGCCUGUCGUUGGACCCCGUGGCCAACGUCCGCGUGCUGGUGGCCAAAGCACUGCGGCAGAGUGUCAUGGAGAAAGCGUACUUCAAAGAGCCGGGCAGUGCCUACUUAGAAGAGCUGGAGGAGACGGUGAUGACCCUGCAGGCGGACAAGGACAGAGACGUACGCUUCUUUGCCAGCCUGGACCCUAACAUGAUGCUUAUGGACACUUCUGCCUUAAUCUAGAACCAGCCAGCCUGCUCCGACCCACAGCCAAUAACUACCACCAGCAUCAGACCGGACCAGACCACUCACCUGCAGGAAAUAACGGCACUGAUACAUAAACAUACAAUCAGUCAUGUGCUCUCUCUCUCUCAAACACAUACACAAACUCAUACACAGACACUCACACACACACACACACACACACAUACUUGAUCUGAAAACCGCACCUAGCUAAGCUAAACCAGCCACCGCAAAAUGGCGUCGGAUCCCAGGUGGAAAUCAACCCACCAUGCGGCUCGGCUCGCAUCCCGUCGUCGAGUCACCUCAACCCAUCCGUAUCCAGGCGGUUCUCCAGGUCCUCUGGUUUCAUCACGGUUUCUCUCUCUCUCUUUUCAUCUUGUCUUCACUGACCUCCGUAACCACUACUGCUUAGGAGAAGGAACAACCGCACCACUUGGAACGAAACAAAAUAUGUUAAUGAACUCAUGGCAUCUUCCCUCUGUGUGUUUACUAUGUCAAUAAUGUGAUCCAAGUCUCCCAGAGACCAAUGAAAUACCUCUGGACAUUACUCAGGUCAGUUUUGCCAUAGGGGCGUUUAGCUUAUAGAAGGAGGUGCAGCUCUUUAGAAUGUCACAGAUAGAAAUGUAAUGUAUAGAUAGACGCACUAGAAUUGUGAUUAUUCAAUAUACAAUGCAUCUGUACAUUCUGUAACGCUGCUCUCCCCUGAAUAAACCUCUGGUGUCAGCGGGACCUCUGGUGUCAGCGGGACCUCUGGUGUCAGCGGGACCUCUGGUGUCAGCGGGACCUCUGGUGUCAGCGGGACCUCUGGUGUCAGCGGGACCUCUGGUGUCAGCGGGACCUCUGGUGUCAGCGGGACCUCUGGUGUCAGCGGGACCUCUGGUGUCAGCGGGACCUCUGGUGACAGUCAAUUUUGCAUCCAAAUGGCACCCUAUUCCCUUUAUAGUGCACUACUUUUGACCAGGGCCCAUAAUCUGGUCAAAAAAGUGCACUUUAUAGGGAAUAGGGUGCCAUAUUGGAUGCAGCCCUUCAAUUGUGUUUUGGGGUUAUUUUGGGUGAUCACGACUCAAGGACUUAUGAUAAAGUGACAGAGUUUGUUGUAAACCUGUAAAAAGAAGAAGCAGAAAAAGAGUGAUGGUUUGGUAAAGACCUGUGAAGCACUCCCCCUUAUCCACGGUGUAGUCCCUCAUUGUAAAUAAGAAUUUGUUCUUAACUGACUUGCCUGUUAAAUAAAGGUUAAAUAAAUAAAAAAUAAAAAAAUGUAAAUCCACUUCAACAUUUUGGCUUUUCGGUCAGUCAGACCACUGCACUGACCACAAUCAAUUGUACAGUAUAGGAAUGGUUGUGUUCCAGACGCUCUGACUAUUACAUCUCAUUAGUAGUGAAAUAAGUAUGUUGGAGAAUAAAUAACUUCCGAACAUUGGCAAGAGUUGUAUAGCUUAACCUAUAUAGCCAGGGGAUCCAAGGCCAGAUUUAGGGUUUCUGUAGAGACAUGAGUGUGGAUAUAACGGGAGCUGUCACCAAGUCACUUUUGUAGUCUUUUUAAUCUCUUUUUUUUCUCACCUGUUCACAUGGCAACCCAUUUUUGGCCAUAGACACGACUUGAAAUCCUAAACUGAUUGCGGUGUGGCGUGCAUCUCAAGUCUGUCUUCCAUUUUAUGGAAAUGUUCACUGCUGUAGACUACCUAACGCAUCUCAUCUGUCAGCAAUUUUCCCCAUCUUGUUUUUUUAUGGUAGAACUGUUAAUAUAUAUGCAUUUUAUGAAAUGUAUUUUUCUUUUCAAUUAUGUACCAUUGUUCAAAGAUUUUAUAUCUGAACUUUGCAAUUCACAACCUUUGUAAUAUUCAAUGGUUUCUUUAAAAUAUUUUUUAUGUAUUGUUAUUUUUAGUAUUCUGUAAUUAAAUUUAUAAUAUAAAUCAGAAAAAAUCAAGACAUUUGUAAUGUGUAGCCUAUCUAACAAACUACCUUGUAUAACCAACAAAUUAAUUGUGCAAAGGAGUGUUUGCAAAUGAGUCAUUGUCACAAAGGUUCAGAAUACCUGCAACACAAAUUUUUGAUUAAUAUAAAACUCAGCUAGGUCAUUUUCCAUGAAGAAGAAUUGUUACUUUCAUUUUUUAAAGUAUUUGUGUGAUACUUGAAGUUUAAAACAUAAAGUGAAGCGGUGAAAUAUAGUCAGUAAAAUCUAUGUUCUGAAUACUAUCGACAGACUACUACACUGAACAAAAAUAUAAACGCAUGUGAAGUGCUGGUCUCAUGUUUUAUGAGCUGAAAUAAAAGAUUCCAGAAAUGUUU